AUGAGAGAGUUACAUUUAGUAGCCCCAGAAGCACAUGCAUGGCUUAGUUCCAUACCAGCUAACCUAUGGGCCAGACACACCUUUUCUCCAAGGACAAAAUGUGACCUUUUAAGUAAUAAUAUAUGUGAGAGCUUCAAUCAAUACAUUAAGGAUGCUAGGGAAGAGCCUAUUUUGACUAUGUUUGAGGCCAUUCGAAGACAAAUUAUGUGCAGAUUUCAAGAAAAAAGAGACUGGAUUCAGAAGGUGAAGUCUCAUAUUUGUCCGAGGAUCUGUCAGAAAAUUGAAGAGAGGAAAAAACAGGUAGCUCAGUUUGAUGCACUUGUGUCUACAAGAGAGGUGUAUGAGGUGACUGGUAUAGUAGGAACUUUUGCUGUUAAUGCAGUUCAAAGGUCUUGCACAUGUAAUGAGUGGGAUAUGACAGGAAUUCCAUGUGUCCAUGCAUGUGCUGGACUUGUGCAAGACAACAAAGAUCCAUAUGCAUAUGUUGAUAAUUGCUACUCAGUAGAAACAUAUGUAAAGGCAUAUGCUGGUGUUAUUAUGCCUAUGCCAGACCAAACAAAUUGGGUGAAUGCUAGCAGUGAUACAUUACUCCCACCUCGUAGGAAGAUAGCUCCAGGCAGGCCUAAGAAAGUUAGAAAAAAGGCUCCAUUGGAGGACUUACAUGUUGGAAAACUAUCUAAAGUAGGGCUGCCAAUUCACUGCAGUCAUUGUGGUCAUACUGACCACAAUGCCAGAAGUUGCAAGGUCACUGGUUGUUCAUUUGUGAGGCAAAGAAAAUCAGUGACUGCACAGGGCCUACUAAACGAGGGAGAGGAGCUGGUAGAGGCCACUCUACAAAUGCUGAUACUGAUGUUGAGAGAAAUACUAAUGCUGAUGUUGUGCAAAAUGCUGAUGCGACUAAAUCUACAACUGCAAGAGGCCCAACUAGAGCUAAAAUGA